CUUCCAUACAUUCUAGGUUUACAAGGACUCCUACGGCCGCUUUUGACUUCGAGGUACUAAUACGUGGAAUUGAGUAUUAAAACUGUCUUUUCCACAAAGAAAAAUUGGUAUUUCGACAUAGUGGGGGUUUCACAGGCCAUGAGGAAUUAUUCAAUGAGGGCUUCGAAGCUCUUCCCCAGCUCCUCCAUAGCCAGAACGCAGGUCAAUGGCGCAUGUUUUCGGUGUCAAUUAGCUUGCACGGCAUCACUACGUCCUAUACUUACUCCUUCAUACCAUUAUAACUCUACAAGGCGGAAGCAAUCAACCUGGGCGCAGGCGGUAUCUGUGGCGUCCAAUGUUUUUUCAAAUGCUACCACCCGGGCAACAGGAGGGACCAAUUCGAUAGACCCUUUACGAAUGGUUGCGAAAGAGAUGAAGUUUCUGACUGGCAACAUACGGCAACUCCUUGGAUCUGGACAUCCUUCUCUCGACACUGUUGCGAAAUACUAUACACAAGCUGAAGGCAAACAUGUACGACCUAUGAUUGUACUACUGAUGUCUAGAGCUACAGCCCUAGCGCCCAAAUCUUCUCGAUAUAAUCCCAAUCAAGAAAUUGCAGAUAUAGACAACCCAAUAUCGCCGACUACCAUCCUUUCGGAUGUAAAUCCUACCGCACCUACAUUAAACCCUUUGGCACAUGUGCCCAGAACAUAUUCGGCAGCCGAAAGUGACAUACUCCCCUCUCAAAGACGUUUGGCUGAGAUUACGGAACUUAUUCAUACUGCGUCCCUUUUACAUGAUGAUGUCAUCGAUCAUUCCGUCUCGCGGCGAGGCAACCCAUCUGCUAAUCUCGAAUUUGGGAACAAAAUGGCAGUAUUGGCUGGAGACUUUUUGUUGAGCCGAGCUUCAGUAGCUCUUGCACGUCUGCGUGAUGCGGAAGUUACCGAAUUAUUGGCGACAGUCAUUGCGAACCUUGUCGAGGGAGAAUUCAUGCAAUUGAAGAACACCGCGCAAGACGAAAAGUAUCCUGUUUGGACAGAAGAGACGAUCUCUUACUACCUACAAAAGACAUACUUGAAAAGCGCAAGCUUGAUCUCAAAGUCAUGCCGGGCCGCGGCUUUACUCGGAGGAUCAGAUGGUGUUACUGUUGAUGCAGCGUAUGAUUAUGGUAAGAAUCUAGGAUUGGCAUUCCAGCUUGUUGAUGAUAUGUUGGAUUAUACAAUCAGCGAGAAAGAACUGGGAAAGCCUGCAGGAGCCGACUUGGAAUUGGGUCUUGCGACUGCCCCAUUGAUAUUUGCAUGGAAGAAUAACAAAGAGUUGGGCUCCCUAGUGGGAAGGAAGUUCUCUCAGGAAGGAGAUGUUUUGCGGGCAAGGGAAUUAGUGCUACAAAGCGAUGGCUUAGAGCAAACUCGUGCCCUGGCUGAAGAAUAUGCGAGCCGGGCAAUUUCUGCCAUCAGUGCAUUCCCCGACAGCGAGGCCAAGGAUGGCCUGAUAGAAAUGGCGGAUAAGACCUUGAAACGAAGGAAAUGAAUGAAAUGUACCAAACAGAAGUUUUUGGUUUGUACCAAUAAUAUCACGCCUUCUGUACCGGAUUCAAAACUAUUGUAUUAUACAAAAGGCUUUCAACUUGGCGGGAAUUAUAUAGACAGGAUCUCAAGAUUCAAAAUAGACGUUUAAUACCUCCAGGAAUCAUAGGUCAAUUUGGGUAUUAAUAUUAAGCUUGUUUGCACAAAUA